CAUAAAUGGUCCCCUCCAUUUUGGCCUGUGCACGCUCCCUGGGAGCGCUUGGCACCGCGAUCCAGUGCCUGCUGUGUCCGGAGGAACAAUGAUCGCUGUACGAGACCUCUGUGUGAGGUCCUGAUUCAUGUGAUCACUGAUUGGCCAAUCAAUGAUCACAUGAAUAGUAGUAAGCAAGAUGUCACUUCUGACAUCAUUGCUUACUACUUGAAAAAUCUGUGAAUGAUCACAGAGGUCACAUGGUACAGGGCUAUUCACAACCUUGUACCAUGUGACAAGCUGUGGCCAAUCACAGCUCGCACAGUAUUUCUCAAUGGCUGCAAGAAUG